AUGGAAAAAUAUCUUAGUGAGAUAAAGCAUAUUGAGGCGGAUGAGAUUUUAAAAAGUGUCGAUGAAUAUAAUGCAGACCCAUUUGAUAAAAAAGUGAAUCUUUCUAUUGGUGUUUGUGCAGGCAAUAAUGGUAAAGUGCAAAUAUUUAAUAGUGUAUUGAAAGCUGAACAAAUGGUAGCAGAAAAGUAUAAAGAGAAACCAUAUUUAUUAAGUAAUGGAGGUGAUACAUUUAGUUUAUUAACACAACAAUUAAUAUUUGGUGAAGAUUCAGAAUAUAUAAAAGAGAAAAGAAUAACGACAAUACAAACUAUAGGAGGUACAGGAGCUAUAGCUAUUGCAUUAGAAUUUUUAAAAUUCUUCAAUAUGCCUAACCCAUCAAUAUAUGUUACAAAUAUUCCAUAUGUAAAUCAUGUUAAUAUGAUAAAAUCAAGAGGAUAUAAUUUAAAAUAUAUAAAUUUUUUUGACAAUAAUUUAAUUGAUAUAAAUUAUAAUUUAUUUUUAAAUGAUUUAAAAAAUAUUGAUGAUGAGUCAAUUAUAUUUAUACAACCUUCAUGUUAUAACCCAUGUAGUAUACAUAUAAAUUCCGAAUAUUUUGAAGAAAUUGUAAAUAUAGUUUUAUUAAAAAAACAUAUUAUUGUUUUUGAUAUUGCUUAUCAAGGAUUUGGAAAUGGGGAAAUGGAUAAUGAUGUAACUUUAAUUAGACAAUUUCAAAAAAAAAAUAUUCCUUUUAUAGUUUGCCAAUCUUUUGCAAAAAAUAUGUCAUUAUAUGGUGAACGUGCAGGUGCUUUACAUAUUGUGUGCAAAAAUGAAAAUGAAAAAAAAAAAAUUUUAAGUACCUUAUUAAUAAUAACUCGUAGAUUUUAUUCAUCUCCUACUAUACAUACAAAUAGAUUAGUUUGUGAAAUUUUAGGAAAUCCUAAUUUAAAAACUGAAUGGUUAAAUGAGUUAAAACAAUUAGCACAAUAUAUAGCUAAUAUUAGGAAUUUAUUUUUUGACAAAUUACAGCAAAUUCAAAGUAAAUAUAAUUUAAAUCAUGAUUGGAGUGUGUAUAAAAAACAAGUAGGAUUAUUUUCUUAUGUACCUAUUUUUUCAGAUAUAUUUCAAAGUUUAAAAAAUCAUCAUAUUUAUAUUGUUAAAAAUGGACGAAUAAAUGUAUCAGGAAUAACAAUGAAUAACAUUGAUUAUAUAACUGAAACUAUUUGUCUUUGUUUAUCAGAGCGAGGAGCUAGCUAA